GAGAGCGGAUGUCGUCAUCUGGCUCCUGGCCUGUUGCGUCACCACGCCAAUCAUUCCUGUCGAGACCACCUGAGAGCCUUUAUAAUUGGCGCCAGUGGAAGCGGGUGAUGGCGUCUCUUCGUGUUGCAGGCCUCCUUCAACUCCCGUGCGUAAGUAGCUGCAGUGGACUGGCAGGGAACUCCGUCUCCGGCUGUGAACAUGGCCAGGACCAGUUUCUACGACUCCAAACCUCUGCUGGACUUACACAAGGCGGACGAGAGGCGAGGCCUCAUCAGAACUUUGCCGACUGUCUUUGGGCCCACCGAUUGCUGGCAGCCAGUGGCGGUGUCAGAGUCCAGAUUGGUGCCUGCAAAGAGGGAGCCAGAACCCAGAUGGGCGUCUGUCCUGCCUUCACUCUAUACUGACAGGAUAUUAUCUGCCAAAAUGAACAGCAUCUUUGUAGGGUUCAGUGAUGAAGUGUGGACCUACUCAUCUGGCAGCAUCAGUCCUGCCAAAGCAGAUGGAUUUCUGGAGGAGCCUUUGCGUCUUUACCCUCGCAGCCUGCAGCGCUUCCCCGGCCUCCAGGCGCUGGUGCCCAGCUUGCUGCGCCAUGAAGUGGAGAUAGCCCUCGAGAAGCUGGACCUCGCAUGGGACCGCACGUUUGCCUGGGAAAUGUUCUUAGACAUGAUGAGAAGUCAAACUUGGCACACUUUGCCCAAUGCUGAGCUGCCACGACACUUCACUGAUGCCACUCGAGCUGUCCUGGUCGACUGGCUUGUUCAAGUCCACGAGUUGAUGCACUUCGAGGAGGAGACGCUCUAUCUGGCCAUUCACCUCCUCAACCGCUCCCUCCGUCAGGUCAAAGUGACCACAGCCACCCUGCAGCUCCUUGGCAUAGUCUGCCUCUUUCUAGCUGCUAAGAAAGAGGAGUGCCUCCUACCUGAGGUGUCUGGACUGUGCUACCUAAUGGAUCAUGCCUACACCAAGCAUCAGCUGCUGCGCAUGGAGAGAAAAGUCCUCACUGGGCUUAAGUUUAACUUGUCAUACUGUCCCCCUUUGCAUUUCCUUUUGCUGCUCGCCUCCAUUUCCCGUUGCAGUGCUCAGAUGGUGUGGAUGGCUCGCUACCUGCUGGAGUUGUCUCUCCUGGAGGGUCGGUGUGUGGUGUUUCUGCCCAUGCAGUUGGCGGGGGCGGCCCUUUGCUUGGCCCGGCAAGUCCUGCAGGAGCCCCUGACCCCAGAGGGCGAGGCCGCCUGGUGUCUAGCCUCCGGCAUCCACGCCGGCAGUGAGACCGUUCUACUGAGAAUAAUGCAAAUUCUGGCUGCCGCUGCAGCCAAAGCGCUCGCUCAAGAGACCUGUGCUACUUUUAUCAAGUUCUCCUCCCCGGAAACCAUGCAUGUCAGCAGACACCCUGGUCUUAAAAACACCGCUGCGCUGCUGGGCAUGUGCACUUGACUUGCACUUGUGUACUGAGGCAAGAUGGUGAUGAUACCCAAGUCCAUCUUGAUUCCUUUCUGACCUGGGGAGGAAGAAGGGUGAAUAAUAUGAUAACAAACAUUGUUACUAGCCAAUGUUUGCACCCAUUUUAUGAUCGAAUAUUGCAGCUCAUUUAGAAAAUAUUUGAAAUUGUAUUCCUGUUUUGUUUUUUGUUGUUUUUUUUGUGGAGAGAAUGUGGGCUGUUUGUGAAAUGGUUUAACUUUUAAUGUAAAAAAUAAAGUGUCUGCUGCAAACUACUUUAAAA